GCACCGCCCUGCACGUCACGUGCUCGACAGCCGCCAAUGGCCGUCUCCGAGCCCACCUUGGGAACGGGGCGGGGCGCCCAGCUGGCGUCACCAGGACAACGGGCGUUGCCGGCGCCUUGUGACUUCGGGCUGUGGGCGCGCUCGCUGCUCUUCGGCCAUGGUUUUCUCAAAUAAUGACGAAGGCCUUAUUAACAAAAAGUUACCCAAAGAACUUCUCUUAAGAAUAUUUUCCUUCUUGGAUAUAGUAACUUUGUGCCGAUGUGCACAGAUUUCCAAGGCCUGGAACAUCCUAGCCCUGGAUGGAAGCAACUGGCAAAGAAUAGACCUUUUUAACUUUCAAACAGAUGUAGAGGGUCGAGUGGUGGAAAAUAUCUCCAAGCGAUGCGGUGGAUUCCUGAGGAAGCUCAGCUUGCGAGGCUGCAUUGGUGUUGGGGAUUCCUCCCUGAAGACCUUUGCACAGAACUGCAGAAACAUUGAACAUUUAAACCUCAAUGGGUGCACCAAAAUCACUGACAGCACAUGUUAUAGCCUUAGCAGAUUCUGUUCCAAGCUGAAACAUCUAGAUCUGACCUCCUGCGUGUCCAUUACAAACAGCUCCUUAAAGGGGAUCAGUGAGGGCUGCCGAAACCUGGAAUACCUGAACCUCUCUUGGUGUGACCAGAUCACAAAGGAUGGCAUUGAGGCACUGGUGCGAGGUUGUCGAGGCCUGAAAGCCCUGCUCCUGAGAGGCUGCACACAGUUAGAAGAUGAAGCUCUGAAACACAUUCAGAAUUACUGCCAUGAGCUUGUGAGCCUCAACUUACAGUCCUGCUCACGCAUUACAGAUGAAGGUGUCGUGCAGAUAUGCAGGGGCUGCCAUCGGCUACAGGCUCUGUGCCUUUCUGGCUGCAGCAACCUCACGGAUGCCUCUCUCACGGCCCUGGCUUUGAACUGCCCAAGACUUCAGAUUUUGGAGGCUGCCCGAUGUUCCCAUUUGACUGAUGCAGGCUUUACACUUUUAGCUCGGAAUUGCCAUGACCUGGAGAAGAUGGAUCUUGAAGAAUGCAUCCUGAUCACCGACAGCACACUCAUCCAGCUCUCUGUCCACUGUCCUAAACUGCAAGCCCUGUCCUGUGAGGCCCACCAGGUAAGCCCCAUUGGCCCCCAGAGCCAGGAGAUGCAAAGGUGUCCUCUAGCAACAGCUGCAAAAACCAAGAGUCUGUCCCACUGUGAGCUCAUCACAGAUGAUGGGAUCCUGCACCUGAGCAACAGCACCUGCGGUCACGAGAGGCUGCGGGUACUGGAACUGGACAAUUGCCUCCUCAUCACUGACGUGGCCCUGGAGCACCUGGAGAACUGCCGCGGCCUGGAGCGCCUCGAGUUGUACGACUGCCAGCAGGUUACCCGCGCAGGCAUCAAGCGGAUGCGGGCUCAGCUCCCUCAUGUCAAAGUCCAUGCCUACUUUGCUCCUGUCACCCCCCCGACAGCAGUGGGAGGAAGUGGACAGCGACUGUGCAGGUGCUGUGUCAUUCUCUGACGGCGACUGCCUGAGUCCAAGGCACGAUGAGGUGUCCCUUCCUCCAGAGAAGACCCGGGUCUUCCUGCUCCGCCUUCACCCAGAUCUCUUGGUUCUCCAUUGGGAAAGACAUUUACAGGUAAAAGACUUCAGUAGGGACUGCAGUAACUCUGGUGAUAGUUUUCACCUUCAUUCUGCUACGAUACAAUCGAAUGAAAGCCUUGUGUCUGCCAGCACAUGGCAAGAGUGGUCUCAGCACAGCCUGGACCACAAAGGGGACCUGGAUCUCUUAAGAGGUGGGUGCCUUCUUAGGUACCAACAUCCUGCCGUUGGCUUUGUCAGCGCUCCUUAGACCAUCAGUGUUAGCACAAACCGAGCAGAAAGACUAAGCUGUUGAUUUUCUACCUGAUACUGAAGCCAGUGGCCUACUUUAAUUCACAGUGAUUUCAUUUGGAUUAGCAGGACUUUUCCACUUUGAAGAUGAAAUAGUAACUUUCUCAAAGUGACCUGUACUGCAAAUUCGUGAUGCCUGAGAGUUUUAUACGUAGAGACUUAGGUGGGAGGCAAGUUAGGUUGCCAUGAGACACCAAAGAAAUGAGGACUCUGAACUGGGUGGAGCAGGGCCUUCACCUUUCUGUUUCUGUCAACUUGUCAUACACUCUUUCGGGGACCAAAAGCUAGACAAAAACAACCGAGUCCGUGUUGCCUGACUGGAAGUAAGCUGUGGCAGGUGCUACCACAGAGUGCAUUUUUGUUCUAGGAGAAAAGCUAAUCGUGUCAUCUCUCACAAAAUUUGGGGGACCUUAAAGAAAUAGAAUUAAGGCUUAAGUUAUCUAUAAUAUAUAUAAUCAAAUAAAAAUAAUGAAUGGAUGCAUGUAGAAUGGGUGUGAUUUUUUCCAAGUUUAUUUUAAAAUCUUAGAAAUCAAGUUACACCAGAACUAUUCAAAAAUUGUACACACUUAAAACUCAGCUCAGUAAAGUGUUGGCACCUUUUAGACUCAUAAUAUAAAAAUGAAUAAACCAUUGCAAAGUUAAAUCAGAGGGUUUUAUUGCUAUAAUCUUCAUGGCAGACAAAUCUGAGCAAAACCAUUUUCCAAAUCCAGACCUCCCUAAUAUCUAAAAUCAGGUAAGCUCUAGUUUCCAUUCUGUGCUGUCCACAUAUGUGAUAUUUAUGAAGAUCAGGAACCCAUCGCCAUUCUCACAUCGUGAACUUCAGACUUCCUAGCAGCCGUUCCCCACCACGAAGAGCACAGAGCUCACAGCUCACGGGAGGCUGGAGUAGAACAGCGAACCCGACACAGCACUUGCCCGUGACCAGCGGUGCCUCCAACAGAUGGACCAUUUAGGAGCAUUUAGGGUACAGCGGAAGAGAAGGAAGGUGCAUACACGACCCCUUAAGUUAACAAGAUUAUCAGAAUAAGCGUUCAAACCCUGAUGACCUCACCACCUGGCGAGAUCCUCUAGUUUUUCCUGGUCUAGAAUGUGCGCGUAUAUACCACAGCGGUUAUUUUAAUAUACAUUUACACCACUAUGUGUGGGGGCAUGACUGAUGCAAGAAGCUAUUUAAAUAGCAUAAAACACAGACUUGUGUCAGUAAAUUAUAGUCUCUGUUUUUAAAAAUUUCUAUGACCAGGGCUUUCUAUACGGUUUCUUUUGAGCCAGGACACAACCUAUCAGAGUUACUGGACUCAUUCCUCAAUGACCUAUGACCUCAUUAGAAGACAAGAGCAGCUCAGGUGAGGCUUCUCAGAUGAAAAAAUCAGGUUUGCUUCCUCUGUAGGUGUGGAACAGUGAGUGGAAUAAUUUGUCCUCAGUUGCAUCAUCUUUGAGAAAACAAACCAGAAAGAACACAACACAUAGGCCUUGCCUCUUAGACAACAUGUGGGCUUCGGGGUGCUCAGAACACAUGCAUGGAACGAACCCCCUCAGAUUCCAGGACUUGAGGGGACACCGUUAGGACGUGUGAUUUUAAAUGAGACACGCAUUUGCAAAACAAUCGGAAAACAUUUAUUAUACUGAAAUGUAUACAUCCUACUAUUAAAAAAACAAAGUAGCAAAUCUGCUGGUGCCAUAAUUUAACCUGCUUCACUGGGACAGACUAAUGGUCAAUGCUGCUUGGUAUAAUUUCAAGUUCAAUGAGCUUUUAAGUGUAACCCCACUUCUAAAACCUGAUGAGGAAUUCAAAAUAGCACACAGCAUUAAAUGACAUUUAUUUCCGUGUAGCUUUGAGACUCAAAAAGAAAUGCUAAA